AUGGAGGAGGAGUUUACCGUGCCUUCAACUCCAUUUGCAAUUGAGACAUUCAAGAAGGCUCGCAAGAUAGAUAGUACACUUCGUAAUAGGUACCUCUACAUAUUUAUAAAUGGCAUGACUGGCAUUGUCCUCAUGAUCGCCGAGCUACAAGUAUCAUGGAAAGGGCGUCAAAUCAUAUUCGAUGGCGCAUCCAAAGGUAUACGAAUGGCAAUAUUCUUCACAACCUUAAUAUUAUUCUGUCAAUUGAUGGACUAUUAUAGACUACUUUUGUCAAAUGUUACGCAUGGAUGGCUGACAAAGAGGGCAAAGGGAUUCCGUGUGACACCACUUAAUGUAUUGAGAUCAACGACAUUGGCGCCCUUGUUUUGGGCCGAGGUCUUAGUAUGUCUUGUUCAGCCAUUGCCAUUUGCCGAUGGACCACUCCACCUGUGGAACGAUCCCAAGUGGGGCCUCCUAAUGUGGCUUCGAUGCUACAUGUUCAUCCGUGUCUACCGAGACUUCUCACAUAUCUACGAGAUGCGUCAUACCAUAAAUGCCAAGUACAAACAGAAUAACAAUGUUCCACCAAAGUUCAACUGGCAACUCAGUUUUAAGACACUGCUGUAUCAAAGACCAUUGAUGUCGUUCAUUCCAUUCACGGUGAUGAUCAUCCUGAUCUGUGCACAUAUUAUAUAUGUGUUUGAGAGGGAGGCCAGUCCACUAUUCAACUAUGGCGUCUCAUUGUAUAUAUCAUUCAUCAGCAUGGUCACUGGAUGGCCCACCGACCCCUACGAACUAUACAAGCCCACUGUAGUCUUUGCCAAGUUUGGAGCCAUUCUUUCAUCGAUGUUGGGCUUGUUCCUUUUGGCAUGUUUGAUUGAACAAUUCAGUAGGAUGACACAUCCAACAGCACAUCAGAAGCCUAUACUUAACUAUAUCUACCUACUUGAGGUACAAGAGAAGGAGAGGGACUCUGCUGCCAAGCUGAUACAAGUAGUAUGGAAACGUUAUAAAUGGCAACGAUUGAAUAACUACUCGGACAAUAGUACCAUGUUCAAUACUCAAGAGGCGUUCUUUAGCGUCAAGUACAUUGAAGCAGUCAAGAACUUUGGAAGGGACCGUAGAUUUAAGAAACAGGUACAAUCAUUCAUAUCCAGUGAUAAGGAAGUCGCUGUCAAGGAUGAUCUUAGCAGGACAAGCAGUAGUAUCGAUCUAAACAACAACAACAAUCACAACAAUAGUCACAAUGCAUCGCCAAGUUUGAACAAUAGCAGGAGCAAUCUUAGGAGAAGGAGUGGAAGUGUUCCAACAACUGGUGGUGGUAGUGGCAUCUCAAUGGAUGAUGUACCUACACAUGCUGGACAGCAGAGGAGUCAACAACCACAACAACAACAACAACAGCAAGAGUCACAAUCAACAGAACAAAGUAUUACCAACAAGAAGAUUGAACUGUUGGAGGCCAAGCUAAAGUCAAUGGAGGAGUAUCAAUUGUUUAUGAUCAAUCAAAUGAGUUCAAUAAGGACAGACCUGAAGCAAUUGUUGCAACAAGACCAGCAACUUCAACAACCUCUUCAGCCACAACAACAACAACAACAGUAUCAAUAUAUGAUGCCAUCACAACCUCUCCAACAACAUCAACAACAACCUCUUCAGCCACAACAACAGCAAAUACAAUAUCCACCCAACAACAAUAAUAAUAACAAUAACAACUACAUUCUUUGA